CCUAGUAAUAGUGCUUCUUGAUCUCUCGCUAAGCAGUUCCUUGUCCAAGGGCAAGGAAAUUAGGUCUCGAUCAGACUGUUUUUCGUCCCUUGGCUCGAGUUCCUUUAUUCCGUUCCACUGAAAGGCCGACAUUUCUUUGUGUGGUUCCUUCGUUUUGGAAUUGAGCAUUAUGACUUGAGCAAUGCCCUCAGGUUUCAGUUUAGUGAAAGACUUGGCCCCAACGCAGUGUCGAAGUUUACUCGUGAAUCCUUGGAAGAAGCUCAAAAAGUGCUUGAAAACCAAGUUCAACGUGGGCGGCAGAAUGGACUUCCCUCUCCCACCUAACCUUCAGGCUCUGGCCGAUGUUCUCCAGAGAGAGUUGGGCGGGUUCGAGGAUGAGGACUCUCAGCCGAUGCCAGACUUAAAAACCACCGAAGAUGUUCUCCAUUAUUGGAACAAUGCCCUGGAAAAGGAUAACCUCGCGUGUCAUCAUUUCCGUCAAUGGUGGCGACGUAUUGUUCCCAAAUUGUUUUGUCCCAAAUUCAACAUGGACUAUCAAUCCCCCAACGCUCAUUUGGACGAAGAUGAGAUUCAGCGCCUCCUUCUGGCACCCUUGGAACAGUUCCUUUGCAACGGCGACCCUGAACCCGUUAUGGAACGAUUAGCUGAGCUCAACCGACCCCGUGCCACUUGUGGGAAGAAAUUUCGUUCCGGGGAUGCCACGUACAGUUGCUGGGAUUGUGGGCAGGAUUUCACGUGCGUGCUUUGUGUCAAUUGCUUCAAGCAAUCAAAGCAUCAGUUCCACAGUUACAAGAUGGCCAUUUCCACGGGAAACGGGAUAUGCGAUUGUGGAGAUACGGAGGCGUGGAAAGCCGACCCUCAUUGCGAUACUCAUGCGUUGGGAACGCAAACCGGGCCUGCCGAGCCCAUCCUCUCGAAAGUUCCCCCUGAGAUCCAAGUUCGAGGACGUUACGUUCUGAUGAGCGUGAUGAAAUAUUGCCUUGAGGUUCUCACACUUCCGGCUUCUUUAACCUUACCAGCAGAUCUGACCUAUCGGCAAAUGGACUCGUUCGAGGACAUGACUGCCGAGGACUCUUAUUCGACGAUCAUUUUCAAUGACGAAGAGCACACUUUUGACGAUGUGAUCGCCACGCUCACCCGAGCGAUCGAAUGCGAUCGCAAUGCCGCCAAAGGCCUGGCCACGCUCAUUGAUCGUGAAGGACGGUGCUUGGUCAAGUGUUCCGGUUUCCAGAAUUGCAACGAUGUCAAACGGAUCACGGAACGGAUCACGAGCCGACGAAACUCGAAGCCUCUCAAAGUGGUGGUCAUGAAUAGUUAUGUGAUGGCUCAUCAGAAUUUCGCCAUGAGGCUUUUGGACUGGUUACAGGGCAUCUUGGAGAAAUGCGAUAGCUUCAUUGCAUUGUUCGCCAUCAUUUUGCAGGAAAAGGAUCUGAAAGAUCGGUGCUCCAUGCUGGAAACCAUCUUCCGCAACGAUACGGUCUUGUGGAAGGCCACACGGAAGCAAACUCAUCAUCUCCUCAUCACCACCAUGUUGUUCGAUAAUGAGACCAAGCGGCAGUUUGCGAGCUUGUUCACUCAGUGUUAUGGCCAAAUGAUGAAAGACUACAUCCAAGAUGACCACGACCACUCGUUCUCCAUUCACUCGUUCUCCAUCCAGUUGUUUACGGCACCCACUUUGGCUCAUCAUUUAGUGGCUAACGAUGACGUUCUAGCCAAACUUCUCACAACUUUCAUGUCUGAAUGUGAAGGCCGAAGAAAUGAAUUUGGCAAGUUGGACUUUCAGGAGUCCCUAAAUAACCUCUCGCCUCGACGACCCGACCAUUAUAUCACCAGUGACUUGCGAUAUCUCCUGAGAACUCCGCCAGAGGUCGAUGCUUGGACGGAUCAAUUGAGAAAGGGCUUCCUCCAUGGAGUGACCCUGCUCUUGGAUAUUUUGUAUUGGAUGCAAGGCAUGGAUCUUCAGACUCGUCAGACCACUCAUCACUUGGAAUACGAGCUCGAAUGGAGGUCGGCCUUCAGCCUACACAACACCAUCGCACCUCUGACUUACUUGGUCAUGGAAUGGGCGUCCAGAGACCGGGUGGUGUUCAUCAAGACCUUGCGAAUGCUUCUCAAGAAGCUCUACUUUGAUCUGAAGGAGGCGGAUAAGAAUCCCGCCACAUCCGUGACUUAUGAGACGGUUCGUGUCCAGGCUCAAGAAGCUACCUGCAUUGCCUAUCAAGUGAGCAGUCGGCCCAUUAGCAUGCACGCUCCAUUGACCCGCCUCCUAGCCGGCCUGAGCCUCUACAUGCAACGGUUUAACUUGACCUUCGACUCGAAUGAGUUGAACAUCCUGGCGAAGCCCAAUCCAAUUCAAAUGAUCGAGCCCUCACUCCGGACUGUGGUACUUGUGGCCCAAGUGCACGCUGGAAUGUGGCGCCGAAAUGGAUACUCGCUCACGGAUCAGAUCCGAACCUACGUGUACCCCAAUCGUAGGAAGGAGAUGCUCGAUCAGGAUAUCAUCAUGCUCCAAUUGGGAGCGGCGCUCAUUGAGCCCAAUCAGUACUUGAUCAACCUGAUGUACAAGUUCAAUUUGGCCGCCUGGGCUGAAAAGAACUUUGAUUGCUCCGAGGACGACAGUAUCCGACAGAUCAUUGCUCUGGUUGAAGAGUUCCUCGGGACACUUCUUACUAUUCUUGGAGAGCGAUACGUCGUGGGAGUUGGUGAAGUCACCGAGGAAGAUGUUCUCAGAAAAGAGAUUAUCCAAUUGCUUUGCAUCAAGAACAUGCCCCAUUGGUCUUUGAACAAGAGCAUCGGACAAGACAUUAGCAAAGAGACUGGCUUGGAUCAAAUCGUCGAGAGUGUGGCCGUGUUCAAUCGAACCGGUGAACGUGGCGUGUACGAAUUGAAGAAGGACUUCUUUGACGAGUACAAUGUGUUCUUCUAUCAUUACUCGAAAGAGGACCAGUCCAAGUCCGAGGAGACGUUGCUAGAAAAGAAAAGGGAGCAUGGGCUCCCUAAGUGCAAUCCCCCACCGAAACCACCUCCGUUCACCAAGGAAUUCCUACGCGUCGUGGAUAUCAUCGAGAGUGACGUGUUCUUAUACAUUGUAUCCUUGGUCCUCAUGAGAGCGGACAAUCUCAAAUCUCGAUGCUUCUCGGAGGGUCAAGUUCAAAGAGUUCUAUUCUUAAUUGGAACAUGCCUGCACGAAGAGCAGAGGUCCAAGGAAGAUCCAAACGCACCCAAGAAGGUCGAAUUCACCGCCAAGGCUUCCAAAUUUGACAUUUUCAAACUACUCUCGCAAUUGGUCGGGAGUCAACGCAUCGACAGUCACAAAGAGUUGUUGGCAUGGACCUUGAAGAAAUGGCAGGACUUGAGCGUGGAAGAUAUUGGGGCUUGUGGACAAGGUUCCUCCAGGAUGGACACGGAAAGUGGAGCCGACUCGUCUCGGGUGGACGCUCUGGAAGCUCGCAAGCGCAAAAAGGCCAUGGCUGAAGCUCGAAGGGCGAAAAUCUUAGCUCAGAUGAAAUCUGCCCAAAGUAACUUUGUCAAAGAGAACAAGAAUGAGUUCGAAGAAAUCAGUUCUGGACUCGAAAAGCAACGGAAUGAGAGUGUGUGUUCGGAAAUCGAUACGAUUGAGGACGUGGAAGGUAAGCCUAUCUGCUUGGGCCCCAAGAAGUCCAACUCAACCCCCGAUGAAACCCUCUUCACCUGUAUCUUGUGCCAAGAGGAGCAAGCCUUGACCUCAGAUGGGCCUGCCUUGGUCAUGGCCUCAUUCAUCCAGUUGUCCACCGUGCUUUCGAAGAAGAACUUGGGCGAGGAUGAGAGCUCCGAGUCCACUCUCCAAUAUCGCAGUUGUCCAAUUCUCACCUCCGACAUGGCCACAGCUCCUUUUGUGGCCAGUUGUGGUCACAUAAUGCACGCCACUUGUUGGAAGAAAUAUUUUGAUGAUAUCGUCGCCCAUGAGCGGCAACGCAAUCGCAUCCGUCACACCAACAUCUUUGAUGUCGAGAAGCAAGAGUUCUUGUGUCCUUUGUGUCGGUGUCUUUCCAAUAGUGUGAUCCCUUUGAUCGCGCCGUUCCACCUCCUCCAACCUCAGACCACCCCCAAAGAAGGCGAGACCGAGAGGUCGAAUACCAAAAACCUCGAGAUGGACUUCACACAAUGGAUUCAAGCUCUGCAAAUUGUCUUGAAGUACAAGCGAGAACUCACUGAAGAGCCCAAGAGCCCAACCGACGCCAAAUCCGGGGACAGCAAGGCCAUGGAGGCCGAGACCAAGGUCGUGAGCAGUGUACCCAGAAGGAAGCACUACUACACGUGUCCUUUGACUCAGAUUGUUCACGAGAUGGAAGAGGAGAGUCACGAUGGGAGGACCUUCAGCCAGAUGUUCACCCAUCAAUUGGGAAAAGAACUGGAAUUCUCCGCCUCCAUUUUCGAUAUGCUCCACGUGUUCGCCACCUCCGUGUACGGCAUUGGUUGCGACGCCCUGCCAGAUUCACAGGAUGAGAGAGUGCCACUCAUGAUGUGGAAGGCCUGUGCCUACACGGUUUACAGCAAUGUCCUCUCCGAAUUAGGGGAAGAGGGGAAGUCCAGUUUUGAAGACAUGUCCCUCCGACAGAAGGUGUGUCUCUCCAAGUUGAUCCGCGUGUGUGGGAUCAUUGGCACGAAUUUUGGCGAGCCCAAAGUCAUACAGAGCCACAGUUUGAAACUCUUGUCCACCCUGAUGGAAGUGGACACGGCCAAUCUGUCCAUUCUCGAGUACGACGCCUUUGGUCUCCUGGUGUCCUUGACCUUCGCCCUUCCCAGUCUAUUCGUUGGAAGCCAAGAAGCUCCUCUGCCAGCCGCCAACUGCCAGGACCUUCAUCUAUUACACUUGGUCUUUGUGGCUCACUUGGUACAGAUCAUGCUGACCACAGAUCAAUUUACUCACGACGUCAGCGAUGUGGAAGAGGAGGCGUGUCCCAGCCUGCGCACCACCGAGUGCGAUAUCAUCCUGAAGUUUCUCCAAAUCAUCCGUGAAGCGGUUGGGUUUGCUUCAGACUCGGAUGGCAGUGAGGGCUUAAGGGCAGAUAUGGUGUGGAUGGACUUGAAGCGUGCUAGCCUGCCCUUCCUGAGAGCUGCCGCCGUAUUCUACCACCACUUGUCGGGCGUGCCUGCCCCUACUGGUCUUCAGCAUCACCAAGAGGCCGAAUUCGACGCCUUGACCCACUACUUGGGUCUGCCCAGCUCGCCGGCCAAGAUUCUUGCCCCGCCCAUCCUGAUCACUCUGGCCAAGAAAUGGGCCAACCACCCUCACGUCCACAUCAUGCUCUCCACCGCGUCCAAAAUCCCACCAGUGACCUAUCCCGUCAAGGUCAACGGUCUCAUUGAUCUCCCUGAAGACUAUGCUGACCUUAUCAACUCUGUCUGUGAUUUCAAUUGCUCGGAUUCGCUCUGCAACAACACCCGGGCUCCUGCCAUGUGCCUCAUCUGCGGCGAGGUUCUGUGUUCGCAAUCUCUGUGCUGUCAAACCACCAUCGGGGAGAUGAACGUGGGGGCGUGCACAGCCCACGCCGAGAAGUGCGGUGCGGGCAAGGGCGUAUUCUUGCGGAUCCGCGAGAGCCGAGUCAUGUUGUUGUCAGGCCGAACCAAAGGCUGCUUCAUUCAUUCGCCCUAUUUGGACCGAUACGGAGAAACUGAUCUGGGUCUCAAGCGAGGCUUCCCCUUGAAAUUGUGCCGCUCAAAGUUGGACAAGAUUCAGAAUCUGUGGAUUGAGCAUAAGAUCCCCGAGAAGAUUGCUUACGCUUCAGAGAGUAAUUACGAUUUUAUCAACACACCUUGGCAUAACAUGUAGUUUCAGUUUUCAGAGUGAUUGUCUAUUGUACGAAAAUCCCCCUUGCCACCUUACCAAUGGAAAAAUAAAAUGUUUCGUCAAUUAUUCCCUUA